AUGGCCAACAAUGCCAAUGUGCAGGCUGUCCUCUCCGCACUCGAUGUGUUCAGCCGAGCACCAGAGAAGGCUGCGUUAGAGCAGGCCAACACCUGGCUGCAGGAUUUCCAGCAUUCUUCCGAGGCCUGGUCAACAUGUAACUUCCUUCUCCUGUCUCCUGAUGCCCCGCCGGCGGCGAAGCUAUUCGCGGCACAAACGUUCAGGGCAAAGGUCACCUAUGAUCUUGGAGAAAUGAGCAACGAUGACCUCUUUCGCCUCCGAGACACCCUCUUGACUGCACUGCAGACAUAUCAUGCCGGACCGCGCACCAUUCUGGUUCAGCUCUGCCUGGCCAUCUCUGCACUCGCAUUGCAAUUCCCUGCUUGGGAGGAUCCCUUGGAGACUAUGAUCCAAUCAUUCGGGAAGAACCCAACAUACAUUCCUGCGAUGCUGCAAUUCCUCAUCAUCCUCCCUGAGGAAGUCACCUCGAAUACCAAGAUCCCGAUCACAGACGACGAGUACAAGGAGAGAGCAGCGAAGUUGCUGACGGCGAAUGCACUGAAGGUGAUAGAGCUGUUGUCGGCGUAUCUGCAGGCUCCAGGCGUAACCUUCGCCGUCCAGGCGCAAGUCUUCAAUGCGCUGAGCUCCUGGCUUGCUUCCGGCGAGAUCAUCGCGAUGUCUCUGCUCAAUUCGCCACUUCUCGCAUACACCUUCCAGGCCCUCGCAUCGGACGAUCUUUUUGAUUCUGCCGUUUCUGCUGUCUGUGACCUCAUUCACGAGACACAGGAAGUCGAAGACAACAUGCCGGUAAUCGAGGUGAUCGUCCCAGAGGUCAUUGCGCUCAAGCCGAAGUUGGCGGAAUAUAAGGACGACCCAGAGAAGAUCAGGGGACUCGCACGUAUUUUCGCGGAGGCUGGAGAGGCUUACCGCAGCCUCUUACUGCAUCACCCAGAGACGUUCUUCCCUAUCGUGGAGGCCAUCGGAGAGUGUUCCGCGUACCCCGACCUCGACAUUGUCCCGAUCACUUUUAGCUUCUGGAUGCGCCUUGCGCAAAGCAUCGGCAAGAAGUCUUCGGUCUCGCCACUCUUCCUUGACGCGUACAGGGCGCUCAUGGGUGUCAUCAUUCGUCACUUGCACUUCCCCGCCGACAUCACGUCUCUGACUGGUCAGGAAGCGGAGAACUUCCGUUCUUUCCGCCAUGUCAUGGGUGAUACUCUCAAAGAUUGUUGCUACGUCCUUGGGACGGAUAAGUGUCUCAUAGCGGCCUACGAAUUGAUCACGAACGGCCUCUCGCGUGGACCCAACAUCUCCUGGCAGGAAGUAGAGGCGCCACUGUUCGCAAUGCGGUCCAUGGGUGCGGAAGUCGACCCGAACGACGAUCAGGCAGUCCCGAAGAUCAUGGACCUCAUUCCAUCUCUCCCAGCUCACCCUCGAGUUCGAUACGCCGCGUUGCUCAUCAUCUCCCGUUACACGGAAUGGAUCAACAAGCACCCCGACUACAUACCCUACCAGCUACAGUAUAUCUCCGCAGGUUUCGAGGACAGCGAUCAAGAGGUGAACGCUGCUGCCGGGCAGGCCCUCAAGUAUCUUUGCCAAGAUUGCAAACGGCAUCUCGUCGAGUUCUUGCCGACGCUGCACUCAUUCUUGGCUACGAUGGGCUCAAAGCUCGUGCAAGACGACAAGGUGCAGGUGUAUGAGGCGAUCGCGUACGUCAUCUCGGCUAUGCCGAUGGAGCAAGCUGCCGUGUCACUGCGCACCUUCUCGUUGGAUAUCCUUGCGCGAGUGCACAACAUGACAACAAAAACGACGCCUGUCACGAAGGACGAGAUCGUCAACAUUGCCAACGAUCUCGAGAAUUUGGAGGUGAUGAUGACGGUCAUACAGUCUUUUGGCGAACAGCUUCCUGCUGCUUGCCAAAAUACGCAUCAGGAGGCCUGGGCUGUGUUCGAACCAUUCCUCGUCAAGUAUGGUUCGGAGUAUCCCGUCUGUGAGCGCACGACUCGUGUGCUCCGUCAGGGACUGAACUUCUUCGGUUCGGCUGUCUUGCCAAUCGUGCCGUCAGUCCUGACGAGGAUGGCUGCUUUAUUCGAGUCCUACGGCUUCUCGAGUUACUUGUGGAUGGCCGGGAAGCUGAUCGGCCGCUUCGGUGACGAAGAGGACCCGAGGGUGCGUUCGGCCUUCAAAGAGGUCUAUGAGCGGUCGUCGAACAAGCUGGUCGCCAUUCUCAAUGAAAAGUCGCCACAAGUGAUACCCGACGUCUUGGAAGAUUAUCUGCAGAUGCUUCUGCAGAUGAUCGAGUUUACGCCGGAUGUUUUCUUCCCGUCGCCCGCUUUCCCAAUUGCAUUCCGUGUUGCAAUGGCGUCACUCGUCCUUGUACACUCUGACAUUGUUUUCGCAGCACUAGACCUCCUUCGCACGAUCCUCACGCAUGACAGUCUCGCACCGACGACAACGCCGCCUCCUCCGAAGUUCCUUAUUUAUGCCGCUGCUAUCAAGCCUGUUGUCGAGCGAGAAGGUGCCGAGUUGACUGGCUACCUCCUGUCCGGUAUUGUGGGCGACUUCCCGGAAGAGUCCAUCCCUAUGGUCGUGACUAUCUUCCGCGCUUUGGGCUCGAUUUGGCCGCACCAGCUCCUCGCUUGGCUGCCUCCAAUUGUGCAGGCGCUGCCGUCCGCUUCGGUCUCAGAUGCAGUGAAAACGACUUUUGUAACGGACAUCAACAGUGGGGUUCAGUUGGGCAAAUAUGAAGAGGUGAAGUAUGCGAUCCGGACCCUUCAUCGAGCCUCACGGAAAGCGCGGGAACGGCGGCGUGCUGGACCGUUGGAAGGUUGAGUUUAGGGACAGCAGUUAGAAAAGCAGUGUAUGCAUACGACUCGAGUAUAAAUACAACAGCAUGUACG